AUGCGGAAGCCAGAAAGGCGCAGGUCCUCGAGCCAGGGCGACUCCACGCCCAGGUCGAGUCCGCUGCAAGGCGGUACGAACAAUCAAGACAAUAGCGCUGGCCAUGUGGGCGCUGAUCCUCAUCCAUCCAAAAGACUCGGAUUCCUCCCCGAGAAGCUGUUGCCUUCUGCCUCAGGAUCAUUAGCUUCGUCUCGGCUGCCUCCCAGUCCGCUUCAAGUGCGCUCGCACUCUCGAGCUGACUCUGCGUUGACCGUUCCGCGCGACUCUGCGGCCUCUCCCGCCCCUAGCAUGGCGUCAGGUCAAUACAAGGGACACAUCUCGCCCACCAAGAUUUCGUCAUCGCGCACGUACGACUCGAAACUUGUCUCCCGCGAGAUGCACCGCCUCGGCAGUCUUGCGCACUCGCACCUGCCCACUCUGCCGCCUGCAUUGACUGGCGCGUCGCAGAACGCGAGCAGCCACACGAUCGCACCCUCGAGCACACCCAACAUUGCGACCAGCUCGUCUAAUGAUCCAUGGAAGCAACUGCAUGUCCAUGUCCUGCCCCUUUUCAACGGUGAACCAUUGCGAAUUCCCAUCGAGGACUUAAACCAGCUCGUCAAGCGCCACAUUCAGGCGACUGUCUCUCAAUCGCCUGCCAAGGCCCUCAGUAUGCUUGAGAAGGACGCGUCCGACCUCAUUUCGUCAGGCAUGGUGACUCUGAAUGCGAAGCUGAACGAUAUCGAGGACGAAAAGCUGGUAGGAAGAGUAGUUGAGCUCUGGGGUUUCUUCUGGGAUCAAGUCUUGCCCUAUGUGGAAGGGGUUCUGCUGCCGUUGCAGACUGACCCGCUUCUCUCUUCCCUCUAUCGCAUGCCAAAGGGCCACAAGCCAAACAAUUCUCCAAUUUCAGGGACAAAUAGCAAAGGAUCGAUGUCGUCGCUACUCCAGUCCGCCCCUCAGAUCGACGUGCGCACUAUUGCACUUCAAUCGUUCCGCGAUCGUGUCAUCCUAUCCGCAUUCCCUCGCAUGUAUGCGCGGCUAAAUGCAUCUAUGGAGGACACCAUCCCAGAGAGCCUGAUCUCACAGCAGCCUCGGCUGCAGCAGAUGUUGCUUGUGCUCGUUUCUCAACGCUCCCACCGCCCGAUCUCCUUCUCACUCACAGCCUCACCACCGCAAGUUUCACCAGGCGAAGCCGCCGUGCAGCACCUUUUGCACAUAGUGCGCGCGCCACUGACUCAGCUCGAGCGCAACAUGCAACGCACGAACCGCGCGCCGCCCUUCCUCUCUGCAGGCAAGCCGCGCGACCGCCGCGGGUGGAUCGCACAGAGGCCUGAACGGCAGCGGAGCUCAGUGCAAAACGGGCAGAAUGGCGAGGAGCAUGUGAACGACGAGGGCGGAGAGACGCCGAGGAUACAGGCGCAGUUCGUUAACUUUGCUCAUUUCAGCCAUUUGAGGGAGCGCGAUAAGGAGUUUUUGGAGUCGUUGAGGAGUCCAGACCCGGAGCGUGUUGAUGGUGGGUGGGGGCUGGGAGCAGGUGCCGAGGAGAAGAAGCUGGAGGAGGAGGAGGAGGAUGACGAUGAGACGAUGGACUGGGAUCAGGCACAAGCAGUCGUUGAGCGCAUGGUGGGCAUGAACGCCGCAGCUGGCCAGUCAAGUGUCCCUUCGCAGGAGGGUUGGAAACGACUGGGUUCUCCUAACAGCACCUCGCCUUAG